AAGGCUAUUUCGGUCAUUAUGUUUAUUUCUUCGGGUUUACCUUAGGGUUUCUCUUUCGUUCUCUGCAUUGUCGUUUCGUUUCACUUCACAGUCUCACCAACACUCACUGAUCUCCAUUAGUAACUGUUGCGUGGAUUCAACAGGAUGGGUGACAAGAAGAAGUCUUUUAUGUUCGUCCGGCUUGUCUCAGCUGCUGGGACUGGAUUCUUCUAUGUCAAGAAGAAGAGUGCUAAGAAACUUUUGGAGAAGCUUGAGUUCCGAAAAUAUGACCCUCGGGUGAAUCGUCAUGUUCUGUUUACAGAGGCAAAAAUGAAGUGAGGCAACCCUUAUGAGUUAUGCUUUCUGUUAAUUUUUAUCUUUGAUUUACUAUACUGUUGUUUUCGUAGACAAUUCUUGACUUGAUUAAAUCUGAAAUAAAUAUUUUUGCUGUGGAUGGUUUUCUGCUUUGAUUAUUA